GAAAAGCAUCUUCUCAUCAAGCUCGUAGUCUUGAAUAAGAGUUCAGAAUGAUGGCUGCAGUACACCUUAAAGUAGCGAUCACUAUUCUUGCAUUUACCUGCAUUGAAUCAAGAUAUUCUAGUACGAUUAACAAACACUUCACAAAGUCACCAAGAUGGAAUGAGACAACCUUCUUUCCUGGAAAGAACACCCAGAACCCAAGCAACUGGACCACUAAUAACGGUUCUAAUUGGGAUCUGACCACAUUCCUACCUGGAAACAACACAAACCAACCCGAUUGGAAUGUAACUACACUCUCUCCAGGAAAUAACACUCAGAACCCAAGCAACUGGACCACUAGUAGCGGUUCUAAUUGGAAUCUGACCACACCCGUACCUGGGAACAAUACAAACCAACCAGAUUCGAAUGUAACUACACUCUCUCCUGGAAAUAACACCCAGAACCCAAACAACUGGACAACUAGUAGCAGUUCUAAUUGGAAUCUGACCACACCCGUACCUGGAAAGAACACAAACCCACCAAACUGGAAUAUAACUACACCCUCUCCUGGAAAUAACACCCAGAACCCAAGUAACUGGACCACUAGUAGCGGUUCUAAUUGGAAUCUGAGCACACCCGUACCUGGAAACAGCACAAACCAACCAGAUUGGAAUUUAACUACACUCUCUCCUGGAAAUAACACCCAGAACCCAAGCAACUGGACCACUAGUAGCGGUUCUAAUUGGAAUAUGACCACACCCGUACCUGGAAACAACACAAACCAACCUGAUUGGAAUGUAACUACCCUCUCUGCUGGAAAUAAUACCCAGAUCCCAAGCAACUGGACCACUAGUAGCGGUUCUAAUUGGAAUCUGACCACACCCGUACCUGGAAACAACACAAACCAACCAGAUUGGAAUAUAACUACACUCUCCCCUGGAAAUAACACACCGAACCCAAGCAACUGGACCACUAGUAGCGGUCCUAAUUGGAAUUUGACCACACCCGCACCUGGAAACAACACAAACCAACCAGAUUGGAAUGCAACUAUCCUCUCUCCUGGAAAUAAUACCCAGAACCGAAGCAACUGGACCACUAGUACCGGUUCUAAUUGGAAUUUGACCACGCCCGCAUCUGGAAACAACACAACCCAACCAGAUUGGAAUGUAACUACACUCUCUCCUGGAAAUAACACCCAGAACCCAAGCAACUGGACCACUAGUAGCGGUUCUAAUUGGAAUCUGACCACACCCGUACCUGUUAACAACACAAACCAACCCGUUUGGAAUAUUAAUACACUCUCUCCAGGAAAUAACACCCAUACGCCAAGCAACUGGACCACUAGUAGCGGUUCUAAUUGGAAUCUGACCACACCCGCAUCUGGAAACAACACAACCCAACCAGAUUGGAAUGUAACUACACUCUCUCCUGGAAAUAACACCCAGAACCCAAGCAACUGGACAACUAGUACCGGUUCUAACUGGAAUUUGACCACACCCGCACCCGGAAACAACACAAACCAACCAGAUUGGAAUGUAACUACACUCUCUCCAGGAAAUAACACUCAGAACCCAAGCAACUGGACCACUAGUAGCGGUUCUAAUUGGAAUCUGACCACACCCGUACCUGGGAACAACACAAAUCAACCAGAUUCGAAUGUAACUACACUCUCUCCUGGAAAUAACACCCAGAACCCAAGCAACUGGACCACUAGUAGCGGUUCUAAUUGGAAUCUGAGCACACCCGUACCUGGAAACAGCACAAACCAACCAGAUUGGAAUUUAACUACACUCUCUCCUGGAAAUAACACCCAGAACCCAAGCAACUGGACCACUAGUAGCGGUUCUAAUUGGAAUAUGACCACACCCGUACCUGGAAACAACACAAACCAACCUGAUUGGAAUGUAACUACCCUCUCUGCUGGAAAUAAUACCCAGAUCCCAAGCAACUGGACCACUAGUAGCGGUUCUAAUUGGAAUCUGACCACACCCGUACCUGGAAACAACACAAACCAACCAGAUUGGAAUAUAACUACACUCUCCCCUGGAAAUAACACACAGAACCCAAGCAACUGGACCACUAGUAGCGGUUCUAAUUGGAAUCUGACCACACCCGUACCUGGGAACAACACAAACCAACCAGAUUCGAAUGUAACUACACUCUCUCCUGGAAAUAACACCCAGAACCCAAACAACUGGACAACUAGUAGCGGUUCUAAUUGGAAUCUGACCACACCCGUACCUGGGAACAACACAAACCAACCAGAUUCGAAUGUAACUACACUCUCUCCUGGAAAUAACACCCAGAACCCAAACAACUGGACAACUAGUAGCAGUUCUAAUUGGAAUCUGACCCCACCCGUACCUGGAAAGAACACAAACCCACCAAACUGGAAUAUAACUACACCCUCUCCUGGAAAUAACACCCAGAACCCAAGCAACUGGACCACUAGUAGCGGUUCUAACUGGAAUUUGACCACACCCGCACCCGGAAACAACACAAACCAACCAGAUUGGAAUUUAACUACACUCUCUCCUGGAAAUAACACCCAGAACCCAAGCAACUGGACCACUAGUAGCGGUUCUAAUUGGAAUAUGACCACACCCGUACCUGGAAACAACACAAACCAACCUGAUUGGAAUGUAACUACCCUCUCUGCUGGAAAUAAUACCCAGAUCCCAAGCAACUGGACCACUAAUAGCGGUUCUAAUUGGAAUUUGACCACACCAACAUCUGGAAACAACACAACCCAACCAGAUUGGAAUGUAACUACACUCUCUCCUGGAAAUAACACCCAGAACCCAAGCAACUGGACCACUAGUAGCGGUUCUAAUUGGAAUCUGACCACAACCGUACCUGGAAACAACACAAACCAACCAGAUUGGAAUAUAACUACACUCUCCCCUGGAAAUAACACCCAUAACCCAAGCAACUGGACCACUAGUAGCGGUCCUAAUUGGAAUUUGACCACACCCGCACCUGGAAACAACACAAACCAAUCAGAUUGGAAUGCAACUACCCUCUCUCCUGGAAAUAAUACCCAGAACCCAAGCAGCUGGACCACUGGUACCGGUGCUAAUUGGAAUUUGACCACACCCGCAUCUGGAAACAACACAACCCAACCAGAUUGGAAUGCAACUACCCUCUCUCCUAGAAAUAAUACCCAGAACCCAAGCAACUGGGCCACUAGUACCGGUUCUAAUUGGAAUUUGACCACACCCGCACCUGGAAACAACACAAACCAACCAGAUUCGAAUGUAUCUACCCUCUCUCCUAAAAAUAACCCCAGAACCCAAGCAACUGGAUCACUAGUACCGGUUCUAUUUGGAAUUUGACCACACCCGCGUCUGGAAACAACACAACCCAACCAGAUUGGGAUGUAACUACACUUUCUCCUGGAAAUAUCACCCAAAACUCAGGCAACUGGAUUAAUAAUACGGGUCGUUAAAUAUGUAAAAUAACAAAAAUAUUCUAAUAAUUAGAAAAAUUAUUUAAUAAUAUGGCAAUAAGCAUUAAUGGUUAAGAUUCCAUUUUCAAUUCAUUUAUAUCUAACUGAAGACUGGUCACUAGAAUUAAUAUAAGUUUUUGAUUAUAAACCAAUUUUUGAGAAUAAAUAAAUAUUUAAAUUAUA